AUGUCCCUUCCCUCAACAAUGCGCGCCAUAACCCUCCUCACGCCGCAAACCUAUGAUCCUCACAACCCUCCAACAUCACUCACACUCACCACUCUUCCAAUCCCCGUCCCCUCCGCAACACAAGCACUCCUUCGCAUCACCGCUACGGCAAUAACGCCAUACGAACUCUCCUGGCCAAUGCCAGCCUCAACGCCCCGGCCGAGAAUCCCAGCCCAUGAUGUAGCAGGAACUAUCAUCUCGUCCCCAUCCGAGCAAUUUCAACCUGGAGAUAGGGUUUUCGCUCUGAUGCCUUGUUUUGUAGUACAAGGUGGUUUGGCAGAGUACGCUGUGUGCGAUGUUGAAUUCCUGGUCAAGAUCCCGGAUGGUUUAGGAGAUGUUGAGGCAGCGAGUGUGCCGAGGGCGGCGUUGACGGCCGUACAGGCUUGUGGAUGGGCGGCUUUGAAGCAGGGUCAGAAAGUGCUUGUGACGGGUGCAACGGGUGCGGUUGGAAGGAUGGUUGUUCAAGUUGUGAGGAGGGCGGUGGGUGGAAAAGGGGCGGUUGUUGCAGUUGGUGGCGUUGGGAGUGAGGGUUUGAAGGGGUUAGGUACUGGUUUGGUCGUGAAUUAUAGGGAUGUAGAAGGAGGUUGGUGGGAGGACGUUGUUAGGAAAGGGGUUGAGGGCGGUCAGGUAGAUGCUUUUGUUGAUUGUGUUGGUGGGGAGAGUUUGGAAAGGGGAACGAAGUUGGUGAAGAGUGGUGGUAGGAUUGUCACAGUUGGAUCGCCGCCUCCUGCUUGGGCUAGGAAGGGGGAGAAUGGCUGGGAGGAGAUUGAGGAGAAUGGAGUGGAGAAGUUGUUCUUUAUUGUGGAGGAAGAUGGAAAGCAGUUGAAAGAAGUCGCAGGUUUGCUUGAGAGUGGCGAUCUCAAGCCGUCUGUUGGUCUUGUUAUCGAUGGGUUGACGGAAGAAGGGGUCAGAAAUGCUUAUGCGAAGGGACUGAAAGGAGGAUUGUCUGGAUCGGCAGUGGUGAAGAUCGCUUGA